GAUCAGCAGUGAUCGAUUAUCUACCCGAUUCCGCACUGAUAAUGGUAGAUGGGUGUAGGCGAAAUGAGAUAUUGCAUCGUGAACCUCUGGCUUAGGGGUUAUGUUGCGAACGGAAGCUUGAUUACUGAGGGAAGUUUGGAGAUUAUAGUGAGUGCUUACAGCUGACACCAGCUGGCGAGGCCCUAGAAUCUCAGGUGCGGAACUCCGAUUGUCUUGCAUGUGGUGAUGAUGUAACAACCCAGCUUCAAUACGACCCUCUUUUCGACCACGACAGUUGCUACAAUGGCAGAAAUGGGACGCCCAGUCGCGCCGCCAAAUCUCCCAGCUCUCGUUAAAGCAGCUUUCGAUAAAGCACGAGUCAGUGGUGACAUAACGUAUUACCCGACACAAGUCGCUGUCUUGACACCCGGAUCUAUCGCCUUCCAACUUCGCUACGCACCCUCUCUCGCCCUCAAGCCCAAAGCACCAAAACCCAAAGAGCCCAAUGGCAAACCAUUCAAUCCCUUCGAGAAUCCAUCUCCAGCCAUGCUCGUUGCCGAGCUACCGCCAUCCCACAGACUAGUCCUGAACAAAUUCGCCAUCGUGCCAGAACAUUUUAUCCUAGUCACCAGAGAAUUCAAGCCACAGACACACGUUCUGGAGAAAGACGACAUAGACGCGACGUUUGCCUGCAUCCAGGCCUACCGUGGGGUCGGACAGGAUCUCUUCGCGUUCUUCAAUUCGGGACCCCAUUCCGGAGCUAGCCAGCCCCACCGACAUCUGCAGCUACUACCUGUCGCGAGCAUGAGGACGGGUUUGGAAGACGUGGAUCGUGGCAGCCAAUGGAACGUGCUGGCAGAUACGCUCACCGGAUCGAGCAAAACGUUACCUUUCAACGUCUUUACAAGAAGUAUUCGUCCCGAUAUGAGCGCCGAAGAGAGGCAUAGCGCGUACCUAGAGCUAUACCGACAUGCUGUGAAGGCCGUCUAUCCAGAUAUAGAAGCUCACGACGAGGGCGAGGCGCAGAUCAGCUAUAACUUCGCAAUGACGGGCAGCACGAUGGCUUUGUGUCCGCGAACGGCGGAGGGAGUGAUGCUGAAGAACAAGUCCGGGGAAGAUAUCGGCCAAGUAUCGCUCAACGGAACGGUUCUAGCCGGCACCGCACUUGUCAAGAACCAGGCUGAAUGGGAUGCGUUGAGAGAAGAUCCGGACGUAUUACUCCAUGUCCUCGGCGGAAUCAGCGUGUCUCCCUAGAAUUCGGCAGUCAGAAUACUAGCUGUGCGAAGUGUGAAUAGUUACCAAAGCCCAACCAUCGGGCCGAAGCAAAAUCGAUGAAUUCUCUAAGCUGUCUAAGAUAUCUAAGUUUCGAAGUCGUAUUGUAGUAAGUCCCUACCUAUCAUACAAACCCUCCGCCAAAACGCACACUUUUAUCUCAUCUAUCU